UCUCAUACAUGAUCACACCAUACUUUUCAAAACCCCUCUUUCAUCUAUUCUUCCCCUUCAUACAUCACUUACCGAUUCAUGCCUUUAUCUUAAUUAGCCAGUACCCCACCAUCAUAUAUCUAUAUAUACGAGUAUAGGAGGUAAUACCUUAUUAACCAAUCAUAUAUAUCAAUCGAUUUAGAUGCAUCAUAGUGCACACACCCUAAUAAUUAUCUCAUUCACCAUCAUGCAAAACACGUAGCGUAUAUUGAUUUUCCUUGCACCCCAUAUCAUGGAUGGUGUCUUCUCCCUCACUGAAGCUGUCAGAGCUGAAUUUCUCUGCUCCCUCGUGCACUCUUUUGGUUGCACUUACGUUUCUCUCUGGCAAUAUGAUUCCAAUUUAUCCAAUCGUUUGUUCUUCUUGGAUGGGUUCUAUGAUGUAAUGAACAACCAACUAAGGUCUUCUUUAGGGAAUGUAGCCGAAUCGCUUUUUCACCAGUACCAGACUUUAACAUUUCAUGUUCAUGACGGCUGUGUUCCUGGAGUCGCUUUCACGAACCACAUUCCGUACUUAGAGCUGCAACGAUCGGAUCUUCUAAGACUCACAUCCAAUGAAAUACAGGCACAAUUCUUCCAGGAAGCAAGGAUUGAGGGCAGUGAAUGGGAGGAGCCUGGCUUCGAGGAAGCAGUGAGAAGAGUGGUUGCGGACGUAAUUCAAUGGCAACUUGACCAAUCACGCACUCAGAAUACUGAUAAAUAGAAAUAGAAUAUCAGUUGAUUUUAACCAAUCACUAUAUAAUAUAUAUAUUUAAAAAAAUAAUAUGAUUUUAUUAUAUAUUGUAUAGAGAUUAAUUAGUAAAUGAACCACCUAAUAAUCCACAAUUUUCUGUGGAAAAUGGGUAAAGCAGCAUUGAAGUCUCAACCUAGGAAGUUCAACAUGUUAACAGUUUGUUUGACUCACGUGUUUGAGAGCAGAAGCUGUUUCUUUUUAAUAGUGAUUACUGAUUAGUGAGUGUUUGAAUCAAAAUCAUGUCAUGCGUGUCGAAAGAGAUGCAACAGAAUGUAGUUUUUUGCAUUAUUGUUCUGUUUUAAACGUGAUUUUGUUGGCUUGAAUACGUGUUUUCAACACGCUUUAUAAGUCUUAUAAUGUCAUGAUCAACGUACUUUUCCUUGUCUUUUACUUGGUGGACGCGAUUUACUAGCUAUCCAACACCGGUUCAAAUAUGCUGAUAGUGUAUUAUAUAGUGUACGGAUAUAGAUCAUGCACGUAACUGUC